AUGGCGUCUUUCGGUCUGAUGGUCGCCAUCUACAUGGUUAACCUGCCGUCGGUCAUCUCCAAUUGGCUGCCGGACGUUAUGCCGCCCAUCAUCGCGCCCAAGUAUCAAUACUCGAUUAAGGGCCAAUUCAAAUGCAACGGUGCGCCCAUGAACGGCUUGGAUGUGAAAGUGUACGAGGAGGACCCGGUGGAGGACGAUUUUCUCGGCUCCGACCGCACCGGCAGCGAUGGCAGAUUCGCGCUCUCGGGCGAAGACUACGAAGUUCCGACGCCAGGCGACAGCGUAAAGUUCUACGUGUGGGUGGUACACGGAUGCGUACCGAAAACGCCCGGCAAUACGGGUUGCCCGGCAGAGUUCAAGUACACAAUCCCGUGGCAGUACUACAACGGAAAGUUAUUCGACCUGGGCACCGUCGAGUUGUGGAACAACAAAGUCAACAAAUAUGACUGCAGA